AUGUGGCUGGGCACUGGAUUUGGUCCGCGUGUACACCGGGCUGUGGCUGAUGCCAACGGCACACCUUCACCUCCACUUCCAGGACAGGGCAGGCCAGGAAGCUUCUCUCUUCCAUCCACGCACCCUAUCAACUACUUCGCCAACAGAGCAGCCCUGUUCCCUGCUGCCUCUCACAUCAAGAAUCUCGAUAAAUCAUUGUCCAUCACGUUUCGUUUGGGGCCCAUCUCCGAAGUUGAAGAUGCCUCGGAGCGGUCCAGCUCCGAUCAGCAAGCAGCCAAAGCCGGAACCGGCCGGUAA